CUUUAAACAAGUCAAGUCAAAGCUUGACUUGUUUAAAGAUACUUUACUUCAGUUUAUUCUGUUUUUCAAGCACAAAUUUACAAAUUGUCUGGAGGUUUAAAGAAAGAAGAAACAAUAGGUCAAGAAAAUAAAAACCAACGUACAAUGGCAAUCAUGUCAUCAUUACACAUAAUAAGUGUACAAACAUAUUCUCACUGUAGGUCCUCUCCUAUGCUUUCAUGUAAAAUCUUAACUGUUCUCUCGUUUCACUGUUCUUCGGCUCUUUCAGAAGUUCAAGCUUUUUAUACAUUGUGUAUUUAUAUUAAUUCAGCUAAUUUGCUAUUUAAACAAAGUAAAAUUGGCUCUUAUUAAAGUCCUAAAAAAAGCAUGUUCGCGUCUUAAAUGUCCUCAACUGCUGAAUUUAAAAAAAUAAUCUGCAAAUAAAUUUAGAAGAUUCUGUGGAUGUCUCGCUGAGAGAUAAAACACCGGCAGAAAAGUUUCAAUUAUUCUUCAUAUUCAUUUAACUGUUUCAUUUAUUGGAUUAUUAUUUUGUCCCCAAUAAUUUUCAGGAUUUACAGAGAAGUGAUGUGUUCCUUUAAUGUCCAGCAGAGGGCGCCAAACACCACGCAAAGGCCACAGCUGUACACAAACCGCUGCUGCUUUACGCGCGCGCGCACCCCAGAAACUGCCCUCGCGCUUUUCCGCCACAGACACGUCCGUUCACGCGUAGCUUUACAAGUGGAGACUUGCGCGCGGAGUCACGCGCGACUCGUGGAGGUCUUGUUGUGAAGAUGGAGAUGCUGCGCCUGGAGGAGGAGGGAAAGGCGUCCGGGGGCGUGUGAGCGGCAGCAGCAGCCGCAUCCUCCUCAUCCUCAUCCUUCUUCCUCCCAGGGAAUCAACAUGGCCGUGCAGCGGUUCCCGCACUGACACAAUCAUCCAGAACAAAUGGCGUUCAUGUCCCGGUUCUCCCGGUCCCGGAGCAGCUCCAGGUCUCCGAGCCGGAAAGAAUCCGAACCGUCUCCGAACCUGAGCGUGUCCGAGCUGGAGAGGCUGCUGUGCACGGGCAAGACGGCCUGCAACCACGCGGACGAAGUGUGGCCGCGGCUCUACAUCGGAGACCAAAACAUCGCGUCAGACCGCCGUGAGCUGGCCAGACUCGGCAUCACGCACAUCCUGAACUGUGCGCAGAGCAAGUGGAGGGGCGGAGCCGAGUAUUACGCGGGGAUGAACAUCACCUAUCACGGCAUCGAGGCGCACGACUCGCCCACCUUCGACAUGAGCGUCAACUUCUAUCCGGCUGCUGAGUUCAUCCACAAAGCUAUGUGCAGUGGAGGGAAGGUCUUGGUCCACUGCACCGUGGGGGUGAGCCGCUCCGCCACCCUGGUUCUGGCCUACCUGAUGAUCCGACAGAACCUGACGCUGGUGGAGGCCAUCAAGACGGUGAAGGACCACCGAGGCGUCAUCCCCAACCGAGGGUUCCUGCGGCAGCUCAGCGGCCUGGACGGCAUCCUGAGGGAGAGCAGGAGGACGUCGCUGUAGAGCUGAAACCCAGCAGACACUGCGGUACGGAGGGGGGCGGAGCUCCUCCCAAGGACAGGACAAUGAUCGUCCAAAACAAGGUGGAGCUCCGCCCAAAAGCCUUAGCCUCUGCGAACAACUCGCAUGAUCAGGGAAAGCGGAGGCAAAACUGCAGAACCGAACCGCAGACGUCACAUUUAAGCGCCGGUGCUUCCUCCAAACAGUAUGAAUGUAGUUUUACGGGAUUCUUUUACCUAAAUAUUCCAGAUUAUGGGAUGGAACUUUAACCUCUAGACUCAACCCGUCUCUGGAUCUGGACUUUUCUGCUCUGGAGCACAGGUUUUUUAUCCUCCCGACACCGAAACAUUCCUCUGAGCUGGUUCUGGUUCUGUUGGACCAAACUCUUCAGCUUCCCGUCUUUUAGCGUAGAAGCGAUUUUGAACGCUGCCGACCUGCCAACAGAGACGGAAGCUUCUGGUUUUUCACAAACUGAUGUCAGACUUUACAGAAAGUUUCAGCAGCAAAAAAACAAAACAAAACAAGCAUUAGUCUCUGAGCAUCAGGGGGGCGGAGUCAGUGUCAGGGAGAAAACGCCAAAGGGAGCAAAACACAACUGGAAACGAAAUCCUCGACAAGUCGUGCUGCAUUCACUGUACCUCUGAAAUCAGACAUUUUGGCUUCUGAAAUUUAAAUCUGCAGUUAAAAAUAGCAGAUGUUGUUUCUCACCAAAGGUGUCCGUGUGGGCGGGGUCUUAUUUCCAUCGUCUUGCGUGGUUUUGAGGAUAAUUUCUGUGACCAAUUUGGAAAAAAAACAGAAACACAAAGUUUUCAAUCGCCUCGAAUCGUCUGAAUUGUGAAAAUGUAAAAAAGAAUUUUAGCAGAUUUUGCAUCAGCAGAGGAAGUUCUCCAAAAUUUCUCUUAGAUUCAUAAAAUUCAGAUUUACCGUGAUUCCGACAGAAAAAUCUGUGCUUUUUCUGUCAUUCACAUUUUCUGACCUCCAGACCGUCAGUGAACGCACCGCUGCAUCAAAACAGUGUUAUGCCAUCAGCUUCAAACAGGAAGCUCAGAGGGAGGGAGGGGCCACAAUCUUUAACAUCCAGCAUUAUUUGAACCCGUCUUUACAUUGAGAUCCUCUCUGAAAUGUAAACAGAACUUCUUUCAAGUCCAGACGUGGCUUCUCCUGUUGCCUCAGUGUUAUCCUGCAUUACUCAGGCCCCGCCCCCAAACCCAAGUUAGGUCAGGAUGUUUGUGGAAACAUCUGGGCCGAACAUUUAUCAGUGUCUGAGGGAGGGUGUCUCUGGGGGGAACCUCGUUUCGCUGCGUUUUUUCUUUCUUUUCUUUUUGUGGAACCGGGAAGAUCCAGAUGCAAACAGAACUGCGUCAGAGGCCCCCCCCGCCCCGGAGGAGCGUUUGUGGCGGUCACAGCAGCGACUGAUUGCUGCGUUUCUCCUCAGUCUGGACCAAACCCAAGAGCUCAAAGCAAAAAGAAAAAAACAUUCCUGAACACAAGAUGGAUGAACUGGGAAGAUCCUACUGUGGAAGAAGUGUCAUUAUAUGGGCUUUUCAGCUCCGCUGGUUUAGGGUCCAGACCUUAAGGUCCCCAGGAAUAAUUUGGAGGUUCUUCUGUUUUUUAGUCAGGUUAUGACACAUUAGAGCAAGAAAGCCAAUGUGAAGGUGUUCCUGUCGCAGCCAGGCUAAAGCAAACGCGUUGAGAAAGGGGCGUGGCCUAAACUGCACUCACCGUUCCUUCCAGCUAAAAUCAAAGCUAGUCCCACAAAAUGCUAGUGAGUCAGCAGGAUCUUAAUAGUUCAUUAAGAAUUUUUAACCCUUUUGUACGCAUUCAUUUCUGAAACCACUGCCAACUCGACAGAGAAGGUAAUCCUUUACUCUGAGAGCUCCUCCCAUUAAAGUAACCAGACGAAAACAAAAGAAACAAAUUCUACAAAGAUAUUUGUGUUUUUUACUUUAGGACAGGUGCCAUGUCAUCAUGAAGAACAUGUUUUUUUUUGGAAACGGACGGAUCGGACCGCUCCGCCAGGACGUGAGGCAGUGUUUUAUCACUAGGCCUAAUGGCUGCUUGUUACCCGCCUUCAGUGAAGGUUGAGCCCGAUGUUAAGACAGCUGUGUUGACUGAACAGUUAAGGAACAGAGACUGCAGCUCCUCGUUUUAGGGCGUGGUCACCCAAAAAGACCCCGAUCAAUGCGAAAAAACGUCAGUCAAGAGGACGGACCGGGUCCAGCUAGUCUUUACAGUUUUACGCCGUCAUCUUCUUUGGUGGUUCCAGUGACGGGUACUCUGGUUCCUAAAGGGAUCCAGUUAUGGCGGUUCGGCUCUUCUAAACUACCAAGCUCCUUCUCCGUCUUUGGUUCCACUGGCCUUAACAGUGUGAUGAACCGCACCAAGGUUCACCUGCAGGUGAGCCUUCACACCUACUCAGAUCAACCAACUGGACCAAACAGCCACACGUGUAGCCCACUGGUGAUUUUUUCCAUGACGCCGUACCGGGCUGUCGUCUGCUGGUGAGAACAAACGUUUCAGGUUUGGAGUUCGUUUCUUCACAGAUCGAUGAACCCUGUUGACGUGCUCCUAGAGCGGCGGAUCUGUCGGGUGUUCAGCGCCUCCGGUGGUUCUCUCAAACGUUGCCGUGACUGUUAGCCGUCCUGUAGCACGAGAGACCGCACGUGCCAUUGCAACAGCUCUCAACUGCCGGGUUGACGAAAGGCUUUGUUUACAUCAGAGUCACACAAAGGCCGCAAAGAAACACAACAAACGAUGAACUUCCUGAAGAUUCCUCCGUGUCAUUUUUGAAACAUUUGUUCUGUUUUGACUCUCCUGAUGUGGAGAAGCUGAGGGGCGGAGUUCUUGCUUUAGACGGUGUACCGGUGGACUUUAAGGUUCCCAUGAAACGGAUAGAAGACAUUUCCUGUAGAGCCUGAAUGUGGUUGAUUAUUGAUGACAAAUCUUUGACCAAUUUGAUUCUGAUUCAGAAUUUGAUCCCCUUGGUUGAAUCUUGAUUUAUUUUUCUAAAUUAUACGAAAAACUGAGCUUCUGAUGAUUAAAACUAUUUUAAAAAAAGAACAAAUCUGCCUUAGAGGUAAAAGAUUUGUAGUUUAGGUCCAUUGAAGACUCUUUGACCAACUCUGGACGUUUUUCCCGCCAUCCCAUAAAUAUUCGCUGCUGAUGAUCACCUGGAACAGGUGUUUAGCCAAUUAAAACACAGAAAAGUCUGAUUCAGGAAAGGAGCAGCUUGAACAGAGAGAAAAGCCCAAAACCAGACAGGAUGGUGGAUCUUACAGACCAGGAUUGAGGAACUGCGAUCUCUCUGAAGGCCGUGUCACACAACCACUAUAUACAUUUAGCAAAUAUUGCACGGAUGAAAAUUGGUCGUAUGUGGAAAAACAGAGAAAAGUUGCAUUGCAUUGUAUCACAAAUAAAUCACGCAAAGAACACGUAAAUCGACGUAGAACAUGAACUGCGUGUGAAUGUUGUGCUGUUUAUAUGCAGUUCAUUAGUGAUUGAUGUGUCAAAUACGUGAUUUUAAUGUGACAGGUGCGCCAUAUACACGAUGUUAAAGUUAUACAUCGAUGGUUCAUCUGUGAAUUCACGUAAAAACCCGUCGGCCGAAACCCUCGAUGGACAUCUGAGCACAUCGACGAACACAAGAAACGCUUGUGAAUUAAUCACGAAAAAACAAAAUUUCAUACGUGGAAAAUGCGCAUAAUGUAUGUCGUGGCUGUUUGACACGGCCUUAGAGUGUAUUCGGUCAUCUCAGGCUGUCAGGUAGACUUUCUGCGUCACAUGACGCCGUUCUCACCUGUUAACGGAGACGUUAUUUCACGGUAGAUCCUGAAGGAGACCUAGACCUCCAUUUGGUUUCAUGGGAACCCUAACUGUUUUUCUGCGGACUGAUUUUGCUGCAGAGACCUUCGUGUUGACCUGCGUGACCUUUACGUCGACCUUUGCUCUGCUCGUCAAAGCUGUUUGAUUUAGAUUGAAAAGUCUGCACAGAAGUAAAUGUUUACAUUCAGAGGGAAGUCCGUGAAUCCUUCUGGGCUGGUGGCGAAGCAGAGUUGAGACAAAGAUUUAAAAAAAUCAUCUCCUCUCUCCGCUGUAAAAAAAGAAAAACCAAGAUGUGGAGAAACGGCGCCACCACCUGUUGGUUGGCGGCAUUGACGAUGGGCGUGGCAGCUAAUGUUUCCGUCCUUCACAGGGACCUUUUUUCUUGAUGUGUGUAGAUUAACCUCUUUGUCAUGUGGUUGUGUUUGCGUCGUGACCUUCUGGUGUGCUUCCUCGCCUUUCCAGCGGUUCAGUCGGUGCGGAACGUCGUUGCCUUAUAACCGAAAAGACCUGGUUUGGUUCCACAUCCAGACGGAGACAUGCAGUCCGUUUCAGGAACCAGAACAGCGGAAGACGUGGACGUACAAACACUUUCCUCAGUCCUCAGACAAACAACAGUUUUCAGAAGCGUCUUCUGUACUUUAACAUGUGACUUUGUUCAAUUGUGUGUUCCCUGUGGCUUUGUUGUGACGUGUUUUCUUGUUGGUCUCCUGUAUUUUCGUUCUAACUGUAAUCUUUCCACAGGUAACUUGACUUCUUGUGAGAUUCUUAUUGUGUCGCUCUCCUCGGAGAUGUUGAUGGCUCGACCGGCCCUUUGAGUCACGUUUUUACUCUUCACCAAACAUUGAGACUCAUUGUUUGUUUUGAUAAUUUGUGUACUUGGUUGCAAAUAAAAAUGAUAGAAAAAC